UGUCAAUGAGACAUCAGUUUUCUGAGUUUUGAGAAGAAUGUAAAUAAAUAUAUUUAUUGUGAACAUUUGAACAUUUUAAUAAAUAUAUUUUUAUAAUCAUGGAGGGAGAACCGCAGUCACUGAUGGACAGACUCAAAAUGGCUCUUCAAUUCACCAAAUGUUGUUAUUGCGUGAACCUUAAAACAGGGUCCGUUCUUAUCGCGUAUUUCCACUUGUUUUCCAAUUUGGUCACCAUUCAAAUAUUUUUACUGUCCUGGUUACUGGCUGAUUGGACCGCAAUAAUAUCGAAGAAGGAGGGAGAAUUUGAUACAUAUACAAAGACAGUUAUCAUAGUCGUGAUUGUGACCAGCAUCAUGUAUAUACCGAUUGCUGUAAUUUGCUUGCUUGGACUACAUCGGUGCCUGGUCUCAAUAACAUCAUGCCAAGACUGGGAGAUCACUACAAUAGAGGGGAUCGGCAACCGAGCGCGAGGGUACCACCCCGUGCAGAAGACCCUGGCUGAGUACAACGGCACCCAGUGCGGGUACUGCAGCGUAGGGUUCGUCAUGAGCAUGUACAGUCUGCUAGAAGCAAAUCAUUACGACUUAACUCAGUAUGAGAUUGAAAACUCCUUCGGAAGCAACACCUGCAGGUGUACCGGCAGCAGACCUAUACUCGACGCCUUCAAAAGCUUCGCCAAGGACGCUCCCAAACCUCCUCCGAAAAUUGAAGACAUUGAAGAUCUAAAGAUUUGCCAAGGAAAGGGUGACUGUAGGGGAUGUCACAAAGAUAAGAACUGGUGUAUGGUCAGCCAGAGCGAUGUUGACCCUCCUAGGAUCAAGAAAAUCAAUCUGAAAGACGGUCACGUGUGGUACAGAGUGAAUGAGAUUGCCGAUAUAUUCACUGUGUUGGAUGCCGAGGGCUACGAGUCUUACAUGCUGGUCAACGGAAAUACUGGUCGAGGUGCUGUUCCAGUUCUGGUGCACCCGAGAGUGUUAAUAGACAUCCAGCCAAUAAAGGAACUGAAAGGGUAUUAUUUAGAUCAGAACCUGGUCGUCGGCGCUGGUAUAACUCUGACAGAUCUGAUGGAACUGUUCAAGAACGUCUCGAAAGCUCACGAGGAGUUUCAGUAUCUGUUCAAACUUUACGAACAUUUAGAUUUGGUCGCCCACAUUCCUGUGAGAAAUAUUGGUACUGUGGCAGGAAAUCUUAUGACUAAGUAUCGUCUAAAUGCAUUCUCUUCAGAUAUAUUUUUAUUAUUGGAAACUAUUGGAGCUACUUUAGUUAUAGUGGGGAAAGGACCAGUAAUGGAAGUAACUCCAGAACAAUUUCUAUCUAUAGACAUGACAGGACGAGUGAUAGCUCAUGUAAAGAUACCACCGCGUUCUCAUAGAUACCAGUUUGUGUCUUUUAAGAUCAUGCCUCGUGCCCAAAACGCGCAUGCUCAAGUGAACGCAGCCUUCCUAUAUGAAUUCGAUGAGCACCAGAAGGAUGUAGUCCUAUCAGCUAGGAUUGUGAUUGGUGGACUGUCGGGGAAGUUCGUUCAUGCUACUGAAACCGAGAAGUUCCUUCACAUGAAGAAGAUAUUCACUAAUGAAGUGCUGCAGCAGGCACUGAAAAUACUGGAAGGUGAACUGAUAGUCGAGGAGAUUGCAGGCGAGAUGAAACCUGCGUAUAGAAAGAAAUGUGCCCUCGGCCUGUUUUACAAAAGUCUACUAGUACUUAUUCCGAAACAACGUCUCAAACCUUGGUAUCGUUCAGGAGCGAGAGACUUUAGAAAGACUAGACCACUGUCUAAAGGCUCUGAAGUCUACGACACAAAUCCCAUAAUAUGGCCAGUCAACGAACCGAUGCCAAAGGUUGAUGCAUUGGUACAAUGUGCAGGCGAAGCGCAGUACUGUAAUGACUUGCCAACACAACCCAAGGAAGUAUUCUGUGCUUUUGUGACAUCAGAUAUUGGAACAGGAGAGAUUGAGAGCAUCGAUGCUACUCCAGCCCUGAAAAUACCCGGCGUAUUAGCGUUCUUCUCAGCCAAGGACAUUCCUGGCAAAAAUUCAUUCUUGUCGCAAAAAGUACCUGGUCAAUUAUUCCCUGAAGAAGUUUUUGUGGAAAAGACAAUUAAGUACUACGACCAACCAAUAGGAGUGAUCGUUGCAGAAACUGAAAGACUAGCCAAUAGAGCUGCUUUAUUGGUUAAAGUUAAUUAUAAACUUGACAAAAAGAAACCAAUCUUAACCAUAAAGGACGCUAGAGAGAGAGAACCGAGUCGUGUGGCUUUAUAUUUAAUUUAUCCUGCUAGAGACCGCGGCUUGAACGUGCAGCGAGUACUCAAAGGUACUGAUGAAAUCUACGCGCAGUGCGCUUACUACAUGGAGUCACAAACUAGCGUCUCCAGACCUAGCGAAGAUGGUAUUGACGUGUACGCUAGUACGCAGUUUUUGGAUUCUUAUCAAGUCGCCCUCUCUGAAGUACUUAAUAUUCCACAAAACAGUGGUGCUGCUUGCGCUCUGGUCACCCAUCUCAUGGACCGACCGUGCCGCUUCGUGAUGAGCAUGCAAUCUGAUUUUAGAGUAACUGGCAAACGAUUACCUUGUACUAGAGAUUUUGAAGUUGGCGUCAGUUCUUCUGGAGAGAUUCAAUACUUGGAGUACCAUUUGUACAGCGACAAUGGGUACGUUGUUAGUGACCCCAUCAGCCCACUGCAGCUCGCUCCAAUCAGAAACUGCUACGACAAUAGACGGUGGCAGUAUAAGAUAUUCAGCGUCGUAACAGACACAGCUUCCAACACAUAUCUUAGAUCACCAGGUUCCUUAGAAACAAUAGCAAUGACAGAGCAAAUAAUGGAAAGGAUAUCAUACGAAAUAGAACGCGACCCCGUACAGGUAAGAUUGAACAAUAUCGAACCAGCAUACGUCGAAGUGCAAGAAAUGAUACAGACGCUACUCAGAGAUGGUGAAUACAACAAACGUAAAGAAGAAGUACAGAAUUAUAACAAAGUAAACAGGUGGAAGAAACGUGGACUGAGAGUAGCAUUCAUGAAUUGGCCAGUUCCUAUACUUUUGGACUACCAUGUUUUGCUCACCGUCUAUCAUGCAGAUGCAACUGUAGUAAUACACCACGGAGGUAUAGAAAUUGGACAAGGUAUUAACACUAAAGUUAUCCAAGCUGUAGCAUAUACUCUGAAAAUUCCAAUUGAAAAAGUCAGAUGUAAAGCACCUACAGCAGCAACUACUCCCAAUACCUUCGCUACUGGAAGUAGCAGAACAACUCAAUCUGUAUGUUUUGGUGCUAUAAAAUGUUGCCAGAUACUUCUGGAUCGGUUGUCAGCUGUACGAGACACUUUGAAUGAGCCUACUUGGGAAGUUUUAAUUGAAGUUGCCUUCAAUAGAGGAAUAAACCUUCAAACCAGCUACCGAGUCACUGCUAAUGAUCAGGUACCAUACAGGUCAGGUGGAGUGGCACUGACAGAAGUAGAACUUGAUAUACUGACCGGAGAGCAUGAAAUACUAAGAGUUGAUAUUAUUGAAGAUGUCGGUACCAGCAUAAACCCAGAAUUGGAUAUUGGACAGAUCGAAGGAGCUUUCAUGAUGGGAGUUGGCUACUGGACCCACGAGGAGUUGAUCUAUGAUGAAAAGACUGGUGAGCUGCUCACAGACCGCAGCUGGUACUACAAGGUACCUCUCACCAAGGACAUACCAAUCGACUUCAGAAUACAGCUCAGGAGGAACUCUUACAAUCCCAUCGGGACAUUGGGUGCUAGGGCGGUAGCGGAGCCCCCCACGUGCCUGUCCAUUAGCGUAGCUUUCGCUUUGAGAGAAGCCAUUGUGUCAUCGAGGGAAAACACAGGAUAUCCCAGAAACAAAUGGUUUAGAGUAGACGGUCCAUACACCCUGGCUGCCAACGUCCUGUCUGCAGACGCGAAGCUAGAAGAGUUCUUGUUUUAUUAA